GUAAAUACGUCUAUCAGCCCAUGACACCCGUAGAGCAGCUUCCCAGCACUGAAAUACCCGUUCGCCCUCGGGAGUCUACAAACACCAUCCAGAUCUCCGUUUCACUCACCGAACACUUUUUGAAGUUUGCACCCGUCUUCCAGCCCCCCCUGCCCCCCGACUCCCCACAGUUCUGCACGAUCGCAGACCUCUUCAUUGACAAUUACCGUGUGAAAUGCAUCAACGGGAAGAUGUGCUACGUGCAGAGGCAGCCUCCUCCCGUGCCCCACAAGAUAAAGCCUGAGGACGUCCCUGUUCGCAAUGCCUUAAUCACAAAAGAGAGCAAUACACCAAAAACAGAUCACUGCUCAUCCCCUUCCAGCUCUGAGGACUCCGGGAUCAAUGCGGUGGGGGUUCACUACAUGGAGUCGUGUGACGAGGACACAGAGGGGGUGGCCGAGCUAAGUUCAGAAGAAGAUUACAGCCCAGAUAGCAGCUGGGAGCCAGAUGAAUGCCCGCUCUUGUCACCCUCGCAGUGUGAAAUGGAAGUGAUUGAGACUAUAGAAACCACGGUGUGAUCCAGCACGUUGGUAUCAGAUCAGUCCAGUUCCCACUCAGAAACGUUGCUUUUGUAGUAUUUAUAUUUUCUGUUUUUUUCUGACAAUCCUUUUUCCAGUGCACUUGGUAUUUCAGAUUCCUCAUGGGAGUGCGGUCACAGGACUUGCAUAUUGAUUGGUGAACUAGCAGCAGCCUGACCA